AUGACACGGCACCAAUCAUGGUUCUCCAUACAUCCCCUCUCAAUCUCACUCAUGUAUGCAGAAGAAUUUACCCUUGAUCGAGGACCGCUAGACCUGGCAGAGGCGGACGGCAGUCGCAGUUUGGACGACAUGCCGUUGCUGCAGGUGGUGUGCCUGCAGCGGCUGUACCAACGCUGUUGCAAUGACCGGGAGGCCACAAGGAUACUGGUGAAAAUCCACCAGCGGGUUGCGCUGCCAUGCGCCACCUUCCUCUUCGCCCUCCUUGGCACUCUCUUUGCCGCGCAGCUGCAGAUCAGAAAGCGACAGGUCGGCUUCGCUCUUGCGGUCUUUGUCAUAUUCACCUACUACUCUCUUUCCGUCACUGGUGUCCUGCUUGCCCAGAUGGCGGGCGGUGGUGGUGGUGGUGGUGGUGGUGAUGGUGGUGGUGGUGGUGGUGGUGGUGGUGAUGGUGGUGGUGGUGGUGGUGGUGGUGAUGGUGGUGGUGGUGGUGGUGGUGGUGGUGAUGGUGGUGGUGGUGGUGGUGGUGGUGGUGAUGGUGGUGGUGGUGAUGGUGGUGGUGGUGGUGGUGGUGAUGGUGGUGGUGGUGGUGGUGGUGGUGGUGAUGGUGGUGGUGGUGGUGGUGGUGGUGGUGAUGGUGGUGGUGAUGGUGGUGGUGGUGGUGGUGGUGGUGAUGGUGGUGGGGAUGGUGGUGGUGGGGAUGGUGGUGGCGGUGAUGGUGGUGGGGAUGGUGGUGGCGAAAUUGCUGUUGCAGGAGGGGGAAACGGAACAGGGGGAAUGAAAACAGAAAAGUAA